CCCCGCCGCCUCCCCGCGCCGAAACCUUCCCUCCCUCUCCUCCUCCCUGCACCGCUCCCCCAAGAAUCCCUCCCGCACCACCAUGCGCCCACCGAGAGGAGGCGGCGGCCGCUUCGGCGGAGGAGGCGGUGGCCGCUUCGGCGGCGGCAGGGGCGGCGGCGGCCGCUUCGGGGGCGGCGGCAGGGGCCGCGGCGGCGGCGGCGGGUUCCGCGACGAGGGCCCCCCCGCCGAGGUCGUCGAGGUGUCGACGUUCCUGCACGCGUGCGAGGGGGACGCGGUGACGAAGCUGACGAACGAGAAGGUGCCCUACUUCAACGCGCCCAUCUACCUCCAGAACAAGACCCAGAUCGGCAAGGUCGACGAGAUCUUCGGGCCUAUCAAUGAAUCCUAUUUCUCGGUCAAGAUGUUGGAGGGGAUCAUUGCAACGUCAUACAGUGAAGGCGAUAAGUUCUACAUCGAUCCGAUGAAGCUUCUUCCUCUCGCACGCUUCUUGCCACAGCCAAAGGGUCAAAGUCAAGGAGGGGGAAGAGGUGGUGGCCGUGGUGGUGGUGGAAGAGGCGGUGGCCGCGGCCGCGGUUCAUUCCGUGGAAGAGGUGCGCCAAGAGGACGUGGUGGACCUCCCAGAGGUGGAGGCCGUGGUUUCAGAGGACGAGGCAGAUUCUAGUUUUAGUUACAGACUGAUGUUUCAACUAUGUGCUGUCUGCUCCAUUGAAAACAUUCGUGUUCUUCUAGCCUGAUAUGUCAGCAGAGCACUUGCAGCUCAUCCUGUGUCGUGUUGGAUCUCUAAUUCCAUGGAACAAAGUUUUCUCUUCAGUACAAGUUAUGCGUUUACAGUUGAUCUCCGAUUUUCAAAUUAGUGUAUUAAUUGUUUACUUGUGCAUAUUGGUGGUACAACUAUAUG